AUGGUGCUGCUGUCGGGGGCCGGGGAGAAGCUGGCGGCGCAGCGGGAGCAGCCGGCCCGCCCCGACCCCGGGGCCGCCGCUGAGGGGCAGGAGGAGCGGGAGGAGCAGGAGGAGGAGGAAGACUGCGAGGAGUAUGAGGAUUUCUCCGAGCUGCCCGACACCUGCAGCAUCGCCUCGGACGACUCCUUCUACCCGCCGGGCGGGCCGGAGAACGAAGAGGAGGACGGCUGGUCGCUGGGCCGGGCGGAGAGCGAGAGCCCCGAGGCGCUCAGCCUCUUCCGCGCCUGCUGCACCAACAACGCCGUGGUGCUGCGGGCGCUGCUCCGCCAGGGCCCCGAGGAGGACGAGGUGCGGGAGACCGACCGCAACAGGCGGAAUGGUCUUAUCGUUGCCUGUUACCAAGGUUAUGUGGAUAUUGUAAUAGCCUUAGCACAAUGCCCUCACCUUGAUGUAAACUGGCAGGACAAUGAAGGGAACACAGCUUUAAUCACAGCUGCGCAGGCAGGGCACAUAACCAUUACAAACUAUCUGUUGAACUAUUUUCCUGGACUUGAUAUUGAGAAGAGGAAUGUGUUUGGAUUUACCGCCCUGAUGAAAUCUGCAAUGCAGGGCCGCACUGAAUGUGUCAGAGCCUUGAUGCUGGCAGGGGCAAAUGUUCACGCAACAGACCCAAGCCGUAGACUGACUUCAUGGGAAUGGGCUUGUUACACAGGAAGGUCAGAAUCUGCCUUCAUCAUGCAAAAGCUGAUGGAUAGGCCAUGUCCAGAACAGUUUUGUGAUCAAUAUAAACCAGAAUGGCCAAAAAUGAAGGAACUUCUUGCCAAGGCUGCGGAGCCAAAGAGCUGUUUGCAGAGGAUUUCAGAGUGCAUGAGAUCAGCAGUCUCAUUCCGGGCUUUCCAUGGCCCAGAAGAAGAUGGGGUCCUUGAUCACAUGGUCAGGGUGACAACAAGCUUAGGUAGUCCUUUUAUUGCUCUGUCGUGCAGGACUGUGUGCCCAGGAAGCCCACCUUCUGUGGGAAAACGCAGACUGGCCGUGCAGGAAAUCCUUCGGAAGCAAAGAGCUGAGCAAAUCCGAUCUCAGGACAAAGACCGUGCUAGCAGCUAUGAGAGAUUAUUUCAAAACUCCAAAAUCACGCUGAUCCCCAAAAAGAAGGACCGUCGAGCCAGCCUGCAGCCCUCCAGCCUUGCAGUACCUCAAGUGAGCACUGUAGCCCUCAGGAAGGCAAGUCUCUUGCCACUGCAUCUUUUGAGACGGAGCAGUGUGAGACCAGGAUUUGUCAUCCCCAAAGUCCGCAUCAGCAAGGCUCCUCCACCCACCUAUCAACCAGAAAAUGCGAGACGGAGGAGUAGUGCUAAAGAUGACCCAUAUUUGCAGAUUCCUAAAUGGAGAUACAAGGAAUUGAAAGAGGAGCGGAAGAAGGCAGAGGAACUGGAAAAGAAAAAAGCAGAGGAGGCUCAAAAACAGAGGCAGGCAUCUCCUGCCAGAUGCAGGACCUGA